AUGUCUGCUCAAGUAGCGUCAUCUACCUCUGCCACAGCGAGGAAUAUGGCCGAUAAUGAUUCUACUUCACGUACCGGUGGCUCUCAAGGAAAGAGGAGAAGAUUUAUUCGACGAAGGGGAAGAAAGCCAAGUCUGGACAGUGACGAUGAAGUCGAGAGGGAGGUCAGGACUGACUCUGAAUCUGAAGAUGACCUGUCUUCAUCCGACUCUACAUCUGACUCUGACACUGAACCAGCUUCGGAAGACGUCCAACCCAAUGAACAACCCAGAGUCCUCACGCCAAGCACGAGUCAGAGCCCAGAAGGUGCCUCUCAUCUCCUCGUAAACGGCCAUAGUCAGCCUUUUUUCGGAAGCUCCGGGAACUGGUCGGAAAUGGUUGCAAAUGAGGCUGAGCAUGGUCCCGAGAACCUUCCCGUCAUUGACUUCACCGAACUUGAUAGCCAGGUGCUUCCCCUACCCAAUCAAUCGCGGAAAUCGAAGAAAAACCAAAAACAUAUUAAUAAUCGUUCCUCUGUCCCCUCUUUGCUUACUUCACCUGCUCAACCGCAAACUGCGGACGAACUAGAGGAGUCUCAAGAGUCUCGUGCGCCAUCUUCUCAUUUUACACCUCGGCGGCCUCCUGGUCAAAGUGCACGCCAGGCUUAUCAGCAACGGUUAGAAGCUGAUCCUUCUUAUGUCCCUACUGUCGGCGAAUUCUGGGGGCACGACGAUAGAUUACUGGACAAGAACUUGAGAAGCUUGAGUGGGUGGUGGCGAGGCCGUUGGCAGGGUGGAAUGAGAGGUCGUGUAGGAUUUAGUCGUGGCUCUUUUCGUGGGCGAGGCGGAUUCCUUGGGAGCCCCUUUGCUGGCAAUUCUACCGCAGAGCAAGAUACGGAAGAGGAUGGCGCUCAACCGGUGGAUCAGGCUUGGACGCACGAUGGAUUCGAAGAGUUGAAACGGAACGAGCAGGAGCACAGCAGUUCAUCGCAUCAACAGGCUCAAACCCAGACUCCACCAUCUCGUGGAUUUGACACUGCUCUGGGUCGGGGAGGAUCUUUCAUAGGUCGAGGGGGACGAGGGGGCCGUGGCGCAUUUUCCCCACCAUUCAGAUCCCGUCAAACACAUGCUCCUGAUCCUGCCCGGGUCUGGUUCUUGAAAAAACCAGAACACAUGUGGACGAAACAAGCAGAGGCAUUUCUUUUCUCGGACUUUUCGUGGAAACCACGAGCAGGUCAUCCAGCCUCCAUACGCGUAAAACUACCCAGUCAGAAAACUGCCUCUGUCCGUGUUCCAAUACAAUCAGUUCCUCGAGCGUCUACGUCCAAACACCCUAACACGAGCCCUGAAUCUGAUAGUGGAGACAAAGUACUUGUCGUGCGUCUGCCCAAGUCUGUGCCUACCGGACAGCCUGUGGUAGCAGAGACGAUUUCCCACCCUCCACGAAUUGACGAACCUUCAAUUGAAGAAGUAUUCACAGUCAGACCUCAACUCGUAUCGCCCAAACUCAUUCCACUACCGGAGCAGCAACCAGCAAUCAAAGAAGCAUCGGUCACUUUACCCAAUGGAGCACACACUGUGUCGUCAUCCAUUUCAUCCGUUGAUCCGGCGAUUCAGCAGAAGCUCGAACAACUGUCGCUCGAGCCACAGAAGACCGAUCCUACUCGAUGGGUACAAACUGAGGAAGCUGUCAUGCGCAACCCGACUGGAACCGUUCCGGAGGAACAGCAAGAACAGCCGCCUUUAUCAUCCAUGCAACACACAUUCUCGCCGUCAGAUCAGGUUUCUCCAGGCUACGGAUCACCAUAUCAAUACGCACCUCAUCUCCCACCAGGUUUGGCGAUCAAUUCUGCUGGCAUGACAUAUGAAGUUGCUACCGGACGUCCUGUCUAUUUGCAAGCUCCUGCAAAUAUGUAUGCCGCCCCUAUGAUGCAACCCGUUCCUUUCGUGUCCAGCCACGUCCAUCAUCAUUCUGCAGUGUCAUCUUCCGAAUUCAUUCCAGCAGGAACUCCGCCUAUCAAUGGGGGUUACAUGGAGUAUACUCCGACACCCUCCAUUUUUUCGUUCCCUCGUCAGUCUUCCCGUGUACAGAUCCGCGCUCCGGACGAACCGAAACAGAACGCGAGGUCGACAUCUACAUCAGAGGCUGUGGACUUGGCCGCUGGUCAGCAAUCUUCGACAGAACUUAGGUCUGAUGCCGUUGCCUUUGAACCUGCUGAGCAGUAUUACUCAGAAGGCGACGGUUUGACUGCGGUCUCUCAUCAGCAUCAGGUGCAGGAUCCCAUGAUGGGCUACUACAAUCCGUAUUACUAUCCGGAUCCUUCUUAUGGAUAUAACCCUUACCUCGACAUGUCACAGGUUGCGCCGUAUGAGAUGUUUCCUCCGCAGGGUACUGUGUACUACCAGUAA